AUGGAAAACCCAGAGUUCCCCCCGCGUCUCUUCUCGAAAGGCGAUGAGCCGUCUCCGCUGAAAAGCAUCGGUUACUAUAGCGGUGAGACGAAGCUGAUGACUGCACUCGAGGAAGCACUCACACAAGAUGAGUGGGAAGAGAUAUUGAACUCUAGACUGGGAGUGUUCUUGAAGUUCAGUCAGUUGGAUUUCGGCUGGGCAUCUAGACUGGUGCAUUACAUUCUCGGCAUGCAGCUAGUUUGCAAGAAAAAAUUUGAGAUUUGGAGCCUCUUAGGUCUAAUCCCGAUCCGUUUUUCUUUGAAUGAGUUCGAACAUAUUACUGGCUUGAAUUGCGAGUACGUGGACAACCUCGAGGAUCCGGUGGUUGAGAUAACUGAUGAGAUGAAAGAUUUCUGGGAGCGAUUGGGAGUCAAUCAGGAGUUGGGCCCGAGCACUGAAGAUUUGAUAGAAGCUUGUAAGGAAUGCGGGUCGUGGUCUUCCGAGGAUCGGUUGAGGCUGGGAUAUCUUAGCAUUUAUACUAGUUACAUUGAAGCACGAAAGCCAUCUUCAGCUACUCGGGCUAGGUUGGCAAGGCUUGUGAUGGAUUUAGAAGCGUUUGAAAACUACCCUUGGGGAAGAGUGGCCUUCAAAAACCUGAUGCGGUCGGUGAAGGAGAAAGAAAUUUGGAAGUCGUCGUACACCAUUGAGGGGUUUGUUCAAGUACUACAAGUCUGGGUUUACUUUGCUCUUCCCGACUUUGCUGGGAAAUUGAAGACGAUGAUGAAGAAGACGAGAGGACUGACAACAUCAUCAAAGCGAUGUGUGACCAAGUAUGUCAAGUCCGAAGGGUCUGUCGAUCUGAAGAGGCGAUCGAAAUCAGUUGGUGACCAAGGAAGUCGGAAGCGGUUCUGCCCAGCCUCUGGUGAGGAAGAUGAGUCAAUGGUCACGAUUCUGAAGGACCACAUGGACGACUGCUUCAACAAGAUGAUGGAUGGGUUGAGUAGUUGUGAAUCUCAGAUCAAACUACUCAACACAAAGUUGGGAACGGUGGAGCAGAAAUUAGAGGCAGUGAUCCUCCAAGCUGGGACCGGAGGUACAAAGGAGGAUGUGGCUCAGACUGGUGAAGCAGACGCCGAGGGCGCAAAACCUGUUGGCGACGAUCAAACGGACGCGGACGCCGAUCCUAAUAUCGGGAGUAAUUUUAUGUCUAAGCAAAAUGAACAAACUGAUGUCCCAAGUGAGAGCGUGAACGAUGGUAAGCAGGGAACUCCAGAGCCAAGCGUCGUUAUGGUUGAUCCAGAAAAAUGCGACAUCGACUUCGAUCAGGUCCAGAAAGAUAAACACGAGAAAGGCAAGAAGGCGGCACAACUGGUUGCUCGUGCGAAGAGUGAACGUCUGCGAAAGUUGGCUCCUACACAACAAAGCCCUUUCAAACCCAACAGCACAGCGAAGGAAAUAAUCCCAAACAAAAAUGUCCGAGGGUGCGGAUAUGAUCCGUUUGAUAUGAAACACGUGAAGCAAAAGAUCGGUGUGCUAACUGAUUGUCUGAAAAAAGAUCUGAACUAUCUGAAGCGGGUAAAAUGGUCAUCCGUGGACUGGUACUUCAUUCUAAGAAUUCCAAAACAAUGGCUAGCAGACACUCAUAUGGAAGCUGGGAUUAACCUACUCAGACUGCGAUUUACAAAGCAUCCUGAGUGGUUUAGGUCGGACAGGAUAACAUUCCUCGAUUCUUACUUUGCAACAAUGUGGAGGUACAAGUACAAGGAGUUCGUGGACUCUCACGCCAACCCUGAUGGUUCAGGCAAGCUCCUUCCAGCUGGCUCGUUCGGGUACUUUACUGGCGCAGCCCCAACCUACUGCGUUAGUAACAAUGUGGAUUUGUACUCGAUGUUACACAUCACUGAUGAUCACUGGGUGGCAAUGUGGAUUUCGAUUCCGAUGAAGCAUAUUGUCAUUUGGGAUAGCCAUGCGAAUACUCAUGCAUCGGAUAUUCAGAUUGAGGCUGUUGUGACUCCGAUUACCGUCUUGGUUCCCUACAUACUCCGUGAGUGUGCACCUGCUGAAGACCGUAUCAAUCUGCCAUAUGAUCCAUUCCCGUGGGAGCGAAUCAAGGGGCAUUUGAUCCCACAAAACAAACAAAGCGGUGACUGUGGCGUUUACUGCUUGAAGUACCUUGAAUGCCAUGCUCUAGGGAUGCCAUUUCCGAAGACCUUGUGCGAUGCAAACAUUAAAAACAUCCAAGACAAGCUGGCAGCUGAGAUAUUUGACGAGACAGGAGUAACCGGCACAGAAAAGUAUGAGUAUCCAUGGCUGGACGUAUACGAAGAUGAUAAUAGCAUAUACCGCGUGUUACCCAUGGUAAUACAGUCUCACAUGCCUUCUUAA